AUGUUCUUCACGCCCCUCCUCGCCGUCGCCGCGGUGCUCGCCAGCGCGGUCUCCGCCCUGAACCCGAUCACCUCCAAGGGCAGCUUUUUCUUUGACGCCGUCACCGGCGACCGCUUCUACGUCAAGGGCCUCGCCUACUCCGCCAACUAUGGCAGCACGCAGUCCUCCCCCAUCGCCGCCACCGGCUCCAUCAGCGCCCUCGACCCCCUCGCCAACGGCCAGGGCUGCCAGCGCGACAUCCCCUACUUCCAGCAGCUCGGCAUUAACCUCAUCCGCGUCUAUCAGGUCAACGCCUCCCUCGACCACAGCGCGUGCAUGUCCGCGCUCAACUCUGCCGGGGUCUACGUCCUCCUCGACCUCGCCACCCCCGCACCGAACGACGCCAUCAGCAGCACCGAUCCCAGCUGGAACGUCGGUCUAUUGACGAAUUUCAUCUCUACCAUCGAGGCGUUCGGCAGCUACUCGAAUAUCCUCGGGUUCAACGUCGGAAACGAAGUGAUUAGCAACGCGGGAGACGACGACGCGGCGCCGUACAUCAAGGCGGGCGUGCGCGACAUCAAGGCGUACCUGAAGGCGCACAACUACUCCCAGCUGGUUGGCUACACGGCGACGGACUCGCCGAACUCGCGCGUUGCGCUGCCGUACUACCUCGCGUGCGAGAACACGACCACGUCCAUCGACUACUGGGGCGUGAACAUCUACGAGUGGUGCGGGAACAGCUCGUUCACCCAGUCGGGGUACCAGGCGCGAACGGAGGAGCUGGCGAGUCUCGGCGUGCCGGCGUUCUUCUCGGAAUACGGGUGCAACCAGGUGGAGCCGCGGCCGUUCACAGAGGUGGCGGUGCUGUACGGGAGCGAGAUGACACCGGUGUGGUCGGGCGGGAUCGUCUACGAAUACAACAAUCAGACGAACAAUUACGGGCUGGUGGACAUCUCUGCGGACGGGCAGUCGAUCACCACCACGCAGGACUUUACGAACCUGAAGAAUUCGCUGGCGGGGAUCGCGCCCGCUAACCAGAGCUUGUCGUCGUACACGCCGACAAUCGCUGAACCCGUCUCGUGUCCCGCAUCGAAUUCAUCUUGGCUAGUCAGCACGAAUCUACCGUACACGCCGGACAACAGCGUGUGCGAGUGCGUGGUGAACCAGCUGUCCUGCCUGUCGACGUACACGGACGCGACCGACCUCGGCACGGUGGGGACCAUGAUCGGCACAGUGUGCGGUGAGAGCUCGACCGCGUGCUCAGCGAUCUCGGGCAACGGCUCCGCGGGCGUGUACGGCGACCUCUCGUACUGCGCGCCCCUCCAGCAGCUCAACAUCGCGCUCGACACGUACUACGAGGACCAGAGCCGCAACGCGCAGGCGUGCGAUUUUGGCGGGCUGGCGACCGUGCAGUCCUCCGGGAAGCCCACCGCCGCGUCCGCCGUCGCCAGCGCGACCAGCUCCUGUCUCGCCGCGGGCUUCGCGAGCGGCAUCGGCAUCCCCAGCCCUACGAGCGUCGCUGCGAGCGCAACGACGCAUCCGAUCGUCAGCAGUACCAGCGGUUCCAGCGGCUCGGGCUCGAAGAGCGCGGCGGGCAGCGUGCACGACCUCCCGCUCACGGCUCUGUUCGGCGUCCUGCUCAGCGUCCUUGCCGGCGCUGGUGGUGCUGCCAUGAUCGUGUUUUGA